AUGAUUAUAUGCAAAACUGGAACUGUCGAUAACGUUGCUUUAACCAGCCACAUGACGCGCCCCAAAGGCAGACUGAGGAAAUGCACGUAUUGCGAACGUGUGUUCACGAAAGAGGAACACUUGAAGCGGCACGAGAGAAGUCACACCGGUGAGAAGCCUUUCAAGUGUUGUAAAUGCGGUAGGAGCUAUGCUAGAAGUGACGUUCUAUUCCGGCACUCUCAAACGCACUUCUCGACAAGCAACAACGGCCAAAACGAAUAUGGGCCUGGACACCCAUCCUCAGAUAGUAUUCAGAUUGGCCAUGUUAAUGAACCAUGCCGCGAUGAUGGAAACAUUUCAAUCUCACUCCCAGAGCGACAAAUAAGUGGAUCUCUGGACCCAGCCGUUUCCAGGGCCCAACACCGCAAGUCCACAGCGUCACUUCGGCAUUUGUCGUCCACUCCAAGCUCCGCGAUGCCAUUGCCAACUACAGAAACUCAUGUAAACGAUAUUCUGGGGCCACAAAAGCGACAAAGGCUUUCACCGCACUCUCAGCAUAUUCCGGAAAAUAGCCGAGGAAGUUCAAUGGCUCAACCCACUUGCACAAUCUCCGACAUGCUUCUACCGCAGCUCAACAUCGACCAAGUCUCGACCUUUACUGGGAUAGGGUCUAUAGAACUCAGCCAACAAGGUAUCCCUGGAAGUUUUGACAACUCUAGCAUGUUUUCGUUCGGGACGGGACAGAUGCCAGGUUUCGGUGACAUGCACUUUACCUACGAUGCAAUAGAUGACACCGAUUUGAAUAAUUCUGGCUUCCCAUAUUCGGUACCAACCACGAGUACUACCUCAUGUAGCCAGGUGUCCAGAAGUGGUGGGCUCAUGACCAUAUCAGCCUGUCAGAUGCAGAAAGUACAACGAAUCUGGGCGAGACAGCGACCCAAGGUGCUUGAACCUAUCCAUAGUCGUUUAUGGGAUGCAGUGAUUGAGCAUGAUGCCGAUAAUAUUUUCACGAAGCCACAGCAGAGCAUCAACCUCAAAGACUAUCCACCAUCGGGACGCAAUAUGGAUCAAGCAUGUAGAAAUCGUCUGAUUCGGUACUGUGACAAUCUUGACGGAUCAUAUGGCUCGUCAACAACUCCUGAUAAGGCUUUCGUGCCUUCUGUGGAUCUACUCGACUCAAGUUUGGACUUGUAUUUCCAAUUCUUCCAUCCGGUCUUGCCAUUCAUACACAGGAGCACUUUUGAUGCUAGAGAUGCGCCGAGCUCGCUGUUGCUGGCAAUGUGUUUAGUUGAGUGGUUGUUAAUUCUGUUGCAGAAAUUGUUACCCGCCUGCCUCCACGAUUUGAUGUCUCAUACACUGCUGAAGAGUGCAUUACCUGAUAUCCUCACCAUCCUCGCUACUGCACUCAUCACAGCCUACUUAUCCUUGGGCUUUCGCGUACAUAGUCACCCUUUUCGAAUCUCUGGAGCAGUCACUGAGUUUUCACAGGAUGAGAUUGAUAUACAUGAAUCAUACACAGUCUGUAUACAGAUGCUUCGUACGGCUGAUGUACAAGGCCUCUUCAUGGCUGGAUAUGGUGACGAUCCGAUUCUCAAAGUGAGACAAGAAGCACAAAACCCAGACAAUCUCUGGAAGGCAUGGGCACGAGUUGAAUCUAUUAAACGCCUUACAUGCUGCCUUCUCUACUUAGACAUGGCCUAUUCCCGGCUGACGAGCACAUCCGGGGUUAUUGCAAUAGAGAAGGUCGAAAUAUACUUGCCGUGUGACGAUGCUCUGUUCGAAGAUGUAACGACAACCACGGCUUUUUUUCGCUCGGUGCAGCAAGGUGCACGUAUGACAAUGCCUCGAAUGAAUUCCCGAAGUUUCCACGUCUUGUCACCGUCUAAGCUCAAUCGAAAUUCUACUCAGAUCCUCCUCCGUUCUCUCUACCUCAGGUUGAUAGCUGCCACAGCCAGACUUUCAGAAAGGAAUGGGCGAAGCGACCAUUUCCGGUCUAACAGCCUUGCUGAGAGCUUUCUAACGGCUGAGGAUUACAAGGCCAUCGUUGCUGACGUUGUAUUGCUGCCAAAGGCGCAUGCCAGCUUCUUGAGUGAACGACAUCAGAACAAUGCGCUAGGCUGGCAUUAUCUGUGCAUUCUACUGACAACGGACGUUAACCUUUUGGAAAUCGCGUGUGGUCGUGAUGGGUUGGAAGCUGCUGAGGACUCUCUAAUUCAUGUUUUCAGAUGGUCGCAGUCAGGUAGUGCUCGCAGGGCACUUCUCCAUGCGGCACAAGUAUUCAGCAUCUUGGAUUCGUGCCUCAUCCGCGAAUCAUACCUGACUAGACCGGACUUGGUGCUAUUUGUCUCGGCACUGGUUAUAAGUCAAUACUUUCUAGUUACGAGCUUCAUGAAUGGUGGCUCUGGUGGACCUGUUUUUGAGCUGUUGCGUGACGUAGAUUGGAGUACCAUCGGAGACGAAGGGUUUGGGCGAGUCACCGGGCAUCUACCGCCAAUCACUGAACGCGAAAGAGUCAAGUCAAACCCCAUCCUUGAAUUCAUAAACAAAGGUGGUUCUGUCUCGUUUGCGGGAGAAUUACAAGAGCUUGGGAGCGUGGCUGCUAAGAAGAUUGCCAGGAAGUUUGCUCAUCUUAUGGAUGGCUUUGGCAGAUGGGAUGGAUGUAGCUAUUCUCAACUCUUGAGAGUAAUGACUGGGUUCACGCAUGAAUCUUAG